AUGGAUACCGAUCCAAAUGUUCCACCGCUCGCCACUUGGGAGCAUGUGAUUUAUAAAAAUGCGCAUGAAGCUGUUGAAAAAGCACAAGAAAUUGUUAAGGUUAGUUUUUUAGGCUCCUGAUAUAUUAACCCCCAAAAAAAUAUUUUUUUUGCAGGUUUUGGACUAUCGUUUCAUCCACCAUUUCCCGAUGUCCGAUGUUAGAGCCUUGUCUCAAUUGUCAAGAAAAAUCUACCAACAAGCCAAUGAACUUGACCUACUUUUGGUAAGUUUUAUGAUAAAUAUGGAGAAUAAAGAAUAUAAUAUUAUUUUUUUCAGGUCCGUGUUCAUUUGAUGCUCGAAAAUUCUCAACAAAAUGCCAAUCAUGGAGAGAAUUCCGAUCGAGUUAUGAUGGAGAUUGGAACCAUCCGCAACCAAAUGUUAGAGGUAAUUUUUAGGCUUCAUAGGCUCAUCAGGCCUAAAAAAAACUCAAAAACAUUCUUAUUUUAUUUCAGAAUUGGAGAUUGUUCCAGUCAAAAGAUCAACACUUCUUCAAUUUCUGA